AUGGAUUUCUACUACCGAAAACUGAUGGGAAAUGGAACUGUUGCUAGUAAAUUCAAAUUAAGCGGGAAUCAUAGUGACAGUGGUACUGUUAUUCAACUGAAUCAGUCGAAUGUACGUGGGCCGCUUGAAAAAGAGGCAGUAGAGGUGGCUAAAGCACCGAGAGAAACUGUUGAUGGUACUGAUUCGGCCAAUAUGAAGGCGGUGGAAUUUCCCGAAACUCACCAUCCUUAUAACUGUGACCGGUGUUAUAAAUUGAAAAAGAAGUGCCUGAGAUUGUAUCCUGAGUGUGAAAAUUGUACUAAAGCAGGUGCUAGUUGUGCAUACAUUGACAGAAGUAACAAGAGACGGAAGAAGGCCAGCCACAAAAUAUAUGACGACAGAGUGAAUUUUGAGAGCGAGUCGCCCACAUUCCAUAUAGUAGAUGAAAAGAGCAACAUUUCUUUGAAAAAUAAAGGUAAGAAUGAUGGCCUGGUGGUUGUACACAAGCUUGUUUCGGUGUCGUCGUUAUUAUCGGGCGAAACAGCUAAUAGAGUAUCAGAGCAAUCCAACGAGAUACAGACAAGACAGAAGAAACCAAUAGUGCAUCCAGGAAACAGCAGGAAUGUGGCCAAUGAGCAAACGAUUUCCGAAAAAGUGGCAUUAAAGUCAUUAAACCAGCAACAAAUGAAGACAAACUUGAAGGAAGAAUUUAUAACGAUGAAAUCCAUCAAGAACGAAUUAGCAUUGUACUUUGUAUUAAGUUACUUUCAUAAUUAUGGUACUAAGUACCCUUUCGUGAAUAAGGAGAAAUUCAUGGAAGGAUUCAAGAAAAUUAACUUUGAGCAAGAAAUGAUUAUAAACUUGGACGUAUACUUACUAAUGAGCAUAGGAUGUAUAAUCUACGAUUAUAAUAAUGGCACGAGCUUUUUCGGCGAAUACUUCAAUGAGAAGGCCAUAGAGUCCAUAAUUGACAUUUUAAAUUUCGGAGCGAAUAAUAACGAAGGAGAAGACUUUGCCAAUUUGACAUUAUUGAUGCUCUUAACAAUUUAUGCGAUUAAAGUAUUCAACCUGGACUUAUGCUGGGUAUUGACAGGCAUUAUCAGCAGGAUGAUAAUCGAGUUGGACCUUUAUAAGCCCAAAGCCAAAGAUGAGAACCAACAAAAACGUACUUUCUGGUCCAUUUUCAAUCUCGACUGCGAAUUGAAUAUAUUAUUGCAUAAACCAACCCAAUUACCCAACUUUGCCUAUAUAAAGCUCGAAAUGCCGUUGUCCACAAUAUUCGCGGACGACGAGUCGGGCGACAGCAUCAUUAAAGACAUACAUUUACACCGAUUACAAAACAGGAUAUUAGACUUGAAGCUAAGAGAGAGUGACGACGCGGCCGCAGUCAAACAGUUAAGUCAAGACCUCGAGAACUGGAGGGUGUCAACGAGUCUGGUGAUUCACAAUACUUACUCGAACGGCACGAAUUUCCAGGACCACAUCGCGUUGGUGAACCUCAAUUACUACUACCUUUUGAUAGAAUUGGACCAGCUCUCGGCGAGCGAAUCGUUUCAGUUCACCUUGCAGUUCUUGUCCAACUCGUUCACCUUGUUAAUAUCGGAACCCACGUCCACUUCGAAGCCCCAGGUACUGUUGUCGGUCAACUCGUUGUUUUGGUACACCAAGCUCUUCAAUGUCAUCAAAUACAACAUCUCGUCGUUGCACGAGCUUUUGUCGCUCAUCUGCAGCAACCGCAUCAACGAGAACUACUCGCCCAGCGACCUCACCCUCAAAUUGGCCGAUUUCAACUCCAAUUUGCAGCUAAUGCUCAAUCUCCUCAAAUACUUAUCGCAGAAUCGACUCAAGCUGCAUCCGCUCAUCGACAAGGUCAACACAUGCAUCGAAUCCCUCACCAGCUUGAACCUAAAAUUAUUGCAUUUCAAUGUCUUUUCGUGUCCGCACGAAGACAAGCUGUCGUUACUCGACGAAGUAGGUGCCAUACAAUCUACAUUGCAAUCGUCUAUAUAA